CCAAAUUCCAAACGCGGACUGCGUUUCCAUCAAAGGGGACGACACCUAUCUGCGCAGUCAAAGAUGCUCUGCAUAUAUGUAUAUCUCCAGGCGACGAGUGCACAGUGUGAACGGGAACCUAAAAGUUAUUCCGAGGGGAAUUCCACUUCGCAUUCAAAGAAUUGGCACGACCCGUAAUUGGCGCUUAUUUAACCGUGUCUGGAAUAAAAAAAUUCCUUUGAGUCCCGCCGCAGAAUUUCUCCGAAAGAAUGUUCAUUCUGUCAGCGUAAUCCGGAUUCCUGAAUUUCCAAGGCGGACAUUCCACCGCGGAAAUUUUGCAAUGUGAACUGUGCAGUGAAAUCCUAUUGAAAUGAAGGGGAGUCUGCUGCAACUGGAAUCCACACAGAAUUUCCUCUUGCCUACAGACCAGCAGCAAGAUGCGAGGUCCUUCCUCAGCGAGGAAAUGAUCGCCGAGUUCAAGGCCGCCUUUGACAUGUUUGACACAGAUGGCGGCGGUGACAUCAGCACCAAGGAGUUGGGUACUGUCAUGAGGAUGCUCGGACAGACCCCAACCAAAGAAGAGUUGGAUGCCAUCAUUGAGGAAGUAGAUGAAGAUGGCAGCGGUACCAUCGACUUCGAAGAGUUCUUGGUCAUGAUGGUGCGCCAGAUGAAAGAGGAUGCUCAAGGAAAAUCUGAAGAGGAGUUGGCUGAAUGUUUCCGCAUCUUUGACAAGAACGCUGAUGGAUACAUUGAUGGUGAGGAGCUGGCAGAGAUCCUCCGUUCCUCUGGUGAGAGUGUCACAGAUGAAGAGAUCGAAGAGCUGAUGAAGGAUGGGGACAAAAAUAAUGAUGGCAAGAUUGACUUUGAUGAGUUCCUCAAGAUGAUGGAAGGUGUACAAUAAACAAGUGGACAUUCCUCCGGAGUAUUUUUUUUUAAAAAGGAAACAAACUUUAUUUAUGUAAAAGAGCAAUCAUACAUGCAGUUUACAGUAUAUGGUUCUCAACAUGUCCAGUAUACAAAGCAACAUUGUACAGAUCUUGAGUGAAAAACCACAACUUCAUACAAAUGCCAUAAUAAAGAUAACAUUAUUGCGUCUCUGUGUGUGAUACUGAAGAUCAAUUUACUAUAAUAGAGGAGUAUAUAGACCAAGUAACAGGGGUAUCCUGCAAGAAGGUUUGGUCUGGUAUAGUCACAAAGAGGUUACAAAUGCAUGCAGGCAAAUUCACAAUGAUGGGUCAGUGUUGGCCGUGGGCCUUUGGGAGAGUUGCCACCUGUCUGGAAUUGUUCCUCCUCAUUCUUCUGCAUUGUCACCCAGCCCCUGCCAUCUCCUCUCCUGUUCCUGGCCGGCUCCUGUAGCUAUCCCUUACCAUCUCGUCUCAUUGCACUUUGAAGCCACAAAGGAUGAGCGUGUGGUGCCUACCUAGAAGAAGUGAUGCCAAGCUGCUGAAGAAUCCUGGAGACUGCCCUUCUGUACAGCCUGCCC